AAAUAAGCAGAUCAGUUCGCGCUCGUACAAGUUCCUUUUAUUUCAAAAGUUUUCCUUUAAAAUGAACAUCGACGAUGAUCUCCUGAGCGGUCAAGAUAACCCGUACUUCGGUAUCGAUCGGCUGCGGUUCAUGUCCUGUCGCUGCUGUGCUCGGAACAGCCCGUUCCUGUUUUAUCUCCCGCCCAGCAACGAUUUCGCCAAGUUGAUACCAGGACUUCAGUUAAAUCAACUGAUAUUUUGUGUGCAUUGCCUACCGCCAGUGGAUCAGCUUCGAGAAUGCUAUCCCGAAAUCGAGACGAGUAUUAUCAAAGAGACAAAUUCCUUAGAUCUCUUCAAGGGGUUCGAAUACGCAAAUCCUUACUAUCGGAAGUAUGCCAAAAUAGAUCGUAUUAUCAUCACAGACGAUACCUUACCGUUGAACAUCCCAUGUGAUGAAAUGAUUGAGCUGGAACAGACUGAAAAGUUGGAUAAGCUAAUAGAGUGUUUUCCAACCGUGCAUCGGUUGGAAAAUAGACGAUACCAAGGAUUAGAAGAAAUUGGUCAGUUGCUUUUUGCCAAAAGUCAAGAACUACAAAAUUAUUACCGUGAACAGCGAGGGAAAAAUGGAAUGAUUGCUAAACGCAUUGAAACAUUAGAGCUUAAUCCAGAAGAUGAUGUUGAAGUAGCAGUUGAGGACCAUGAUAACCUCCUACCAAUGGAAACUGGAGAAAUCAGUGAGGAUUCAUUACCAAAUCAACUGAUUCAAUUUAAAAAUCAAAUUGAGCUUACCAUGACAGAAGACAUUGUAGAUAAAAGUCUUUGCCAGGAACCGUUUCCGUAUGUCGUCGCUGAUCCACGUUUCAAGCUUAACGUACUCGAUUCCAGCUCCGAACACCUCUGUGACAUAUGCUUGUUGAGCGAUAAAAGCCGCAUCAAGUAUGGAGAGUUUAUCGAGAAACCGUUCGCCAGGAAAACCAUUCGAUGUCAUUACUUUUGUCUCCUUUCGGGACACUAUCUAAACCAACAAGGAAUGGACAGCUCUGGAAUCUUAGGUUUUCUCUUAGAUGAUAUUAUGAACUCAUUUAAACACUACCGUUCCAUUCAAUGCUACUAUUGCGGGAAAUUGUCUGCUCCGGUCAAAUGCAGUCAUGAUAAAUGCACACGAUGGUAUCAUUAUAGUUGCGGUUACAAGAAUAGCUGUGUAACGCAGUUCGCAGAUCAGUUCAAUUCGUUUUGCCACGAACAUUUGCCGUUUCAGCACCCAGAAUCACAUGGGCCAGAUACACUUUGUUUAAUCUGUUGGAACCAGAUUGGACCGUACAAUCCAGUGUCGAGCUUUUGUUCCAUUUGUGAACCAGAAGAGGAAAAUUCAGUGCCCGAAAUAAUUUGGUAUCAUCGAGCUUGCAUGCAGAGGUCCGCUUUUGCUUCGGGCUACUAUUUCAAGUGUCCCAAUUGUCACGAUAAGGAAUUUGUGCAGUAUGCCCGGCUGCAUGGAAUCUUUGUACCGCAGCGAGACGCAAGCUGGGAACUGGAAACAGGUGCGUUCAAGGAUCUACAUUCGACCAAAUGUACAGCCGCUGAUUGCAGAUUCGGAAGCAAAGCAUCGGGCAAGGGAAGUUCUGGUGCUUCUGAUUUGGUGGGCUGUAAAGCUUGUGGAGGAGCUACGAUGCACACCGUUUGCGCCCAGCUGGAUAAUCCGGACGAUUAUGUUUGCUCCAACUGUAUGGAUGCAACGUUUAUAAAACUAUUUUAAUAAAUGAACAGAGAAU